UCAAGACUGAUAUUCGGAAGAGUCUCUUUUCUUUGAUACUCAUUGCUGCUCAUGCUUAAUACAGCCCCUAAUACAGGAUCUGUCUGAUAUAGCUCUCCAGGAUUAGAUUCUAGUAACAAAAUGCUAUCUAAUCACAGGAUACAGACUUCCUUGUAAUUCCUCGAACAAAUAAAACUACUUCAGUAGGGCUUUGAAAUGCAAAGUGAUUCCAUCUCAGUCGCAGAUCUUAAACGUUCACUGAACGCGGCGUGAUCCAGCCGGCGUAGAAAAUGAUAGAGUUAAAAACUGGAUAAAAUGGCAUCCUGACUAUGCUGCAGUCUGUGAUUAUAUAUAUGUGUGUGUGUGUGUUGUGUAUUUAUUGGAAAAUACUUUGUAGCAUCUCAGGCAGAUAGGACAGGUAUGCAGCAGAGCGAAUGGGGGCAGAACACAAUGUAGAAUGGAGCAGAGUUCCUUACUGUCUUUAACAGAACACUGUGGGGAUUGUUCACUUCUCUUUCUGAGCCACAAAUCGGAGCUUGGCAGUAAUAUGAGCCGAAAUGCACUCAGCCUUUACUCUUUCACACACUUAGUGCCACAUUCUCUGUUAAGGCUGGGCCUUGUCUUUCUCUUUUUGCUUCAGAUGGUCAGUUCUUGGACCCUAUAUAUCCUACUCUGGAUAUGCAAACAUAAGAUUUGGAUGUUCAUGUUUGGAGUGUUGCUAAGUUACAGGAAUCUGACUCUGCCACACGGACUAUAAACCUGGUUUGGUUUCUUUCUUCAAUAUGUAGAUAAACACCAGUUGUGCUCCGUGUGUUUGAGUGAGCGUUCCCAAGUUCCUGCUAGACACUCCACCUAGGGUGGACCAGCCCUGUCCCUGAGCUGCAGCCACUUUGGUGGAGAAUGUGACCACCUAAUCAGCCGGGUACUGUAUGGGACUUGGGAUGGGCCUUGGUUCUGGUUGCGGGUGUCGACUGUUUGGCGUUGAGGUUGCAUUUCAGCUUCAGUUUUCGGCUUGUUUUAAGUCUGACUCCUACCUAAGAAUAACAAGGUACUGAUGCCUGGGGUGGAGAAGCGCCAGGAAGAGGGGUCCCACUAUGAGGACUGUUGCAUAGUGCAUAGUGCUGCAGCUAGCUGACGUCGCACUGGUUCUUCGACCCGCUUGACCUCCUCUGCCUGACCCAGAUGCAGGCAGGGACUUGAGGCACGUCCCUUAACUUAAAGGCAUGGAUUGAGUUGCUGUGCGGCCCGGUGCCAGAAGAGAAGCCCCCCAGCCAUGAGUGUAAAUUACAGGGGGGGAUUUGGGGGUUGUAGCCCCCCCCAAUAAUCAUGUUUCUCCUGUAAUGGGUGGAGACCACACCCCCCCCCCCCCAAUGUUCCAGCCAAAGUUACGCACUUGCCCCCAGCUCUGCAGUCACAUGGGGCCAAAGCUCUGCUAUUGCUGUGAACCGCUUGAGUAGAUGGAGCCCAAGGGCGUUGUGUGCUUGGAGUGUCCUCCCUCUCUUCCUGCUCUAUCAGCUCCACCAGCUUCCCAGAGGCCGUCCCUGCUGCACCACCUGGCCUUCCGACACCACCCGGUGCCCCAGAAGCUGUUCCCCAGUGCUUCCCGACCCUCUGGUGCUUCCUGCUGGCCCCCAGAUCACUUCUGUUUCACUGUCUGACCCUCUGGCACCACCUGCUGCCCAGAGUCUGUCCCUGCUGCUUCCCCAGACCCUGCCGUGUGCCACCUACUGCCACAGAGGGCGUCCCUGUUCUGCCCCCCAGCCCUCCAGCACCACAUGUAUCCCUGGCGGUUGCCCCUGCUGUGCCACUUGACGGGGGGCGACCCACCCUGGCUGAAUGCCUAGCGGGAGAGGGGCACUUACAUGCAGUCCAAUUCUCUCCUCAUGAUGAGCCACAGGCGAGACUCGUUAAGGGAGGAUUGGCUGGGAUGAGGCAGUAGCUCCACCCACCUAACGCCAUACAGUGUGUCAUUAAAAGCUGCUUUGACUUCAUUAAUUCAUGACUGUCUUGUGUGUGGUCUCAUUUAUUAAUCAUUGAUUAAUAACCAGAAAGUUGUUCUUCAGUAAAUGUGUAAAUAUAUAAGAUAUAUGUGCAAUAAUAAAAGCGUAAGUACAAUAGCACAUAAUGUAAUGGAAGUACAGUGGCACUGAUCAGAUAUUAGCAUAAUCCUCAUAAUGUGACAGACAAAGCAGGAUUACUGCAUGGGCCGGAGAACAGAGACGUGUCAUUUCCUGUGCGAACGCAACAUUCAGGAUCAUUUCAAAUUUGAAUUAAAUUAGAAAGACUUUUGCUCUCCUACAGAAAAGAUUAUAUCACUAUAUCACAAAGGAUUUUUCUUUUCCGUUUCACGGACCUUUAAAGAUUAAUGGAUGAAGAUAUAAUCUCUUCAGAAGUAAGUCAUUCCUUAGUAGUCAUAGUUCCCAGUCAGAAAGUGCAAAUCCAGGAAUCCACAGUAGGAAGGUGCCACAGUAAAUAUCUAAUAGCAUUAAUAUCGUUUUGGGUAUCUCUAUACCUUUUUGUUAUAUUACUAUUAAAGACAUAAAUGUAUAAUUACACGCUUUACUUAAUUCUUAUUUAUUUUAUCUAUUAUCCAGUUAAAUGAAGUGGAAUAUAUUCCAGAAUGUAUUAUUCAGGUGAGUCACAGGUGGUCUACAGAAUGUGGGGUCAGUGACAGAUAACAUUUCAAGGCAGUAACAGACAAUCCAAGGCUGAUCCUAGAACAGUCAAAGCGGAAAUUUGAUCUGUAAGCAUCAUUUCUCUUUUACUUUUGCAGGCAAUCCAGUCAAACCCUGUGUUGUUAUGUAUCCUGGCUUCUUUUGCAGUCGUCACUCUUGCAUGGUACAUAAGAGACUCAUUGAAAGUCGACGGUAUCGAUGAGAAAUUUGUCUUGGUGACGGGAUGCGAUAGCGGAUUUGGGAACUUGCUUGCCCAUCAGCUGGACCAAAAAGGUUUCCACGUGAUAGCGACCUGUCUGACGGAGAAAGGAUGCAUGGAUCUAAAGGCAGAGACUUCGUGGAGAGUGAGGGCAGUGCUGCUGAAUGUGGCGGACAGUGCAAGCAUUGACAGCGCAGUGCGAUUUGUGCGCAACGAAACUGGGAAGUGUGGUCUGUGGGGUCUGGUCAAUAACGCCGGCAGGUCCAUUCCAAUUGGGCCCUCGGAGUGGAUGCAGGUGGAGGAUUUUAGGAAGGUUCUAGAUGUCAACCUAUUUGGCCUAAUUGAGUUGACUCUCAAGCUCCUCCCAUUGCUGAAGAAGGCACGGGGAAGAGUCAUCAACGUUUCCAGUGUGAUGGGGAGGCUGGUGCUGACUGGGGGUGGCUACUCUGUGUCCAAGUGGGCUGUGGAGUCAUUCUCCGAUAGUCUGAGAAGGGACAUGAGACACUUUGGUGUGAAAGUCAGCGUCAUUGAGCCGGGCUUCUUCAAGACAGCCGUGACAAACGUGAACCUUAUAGAUGCUGACCUGAGGAGACUGUGGGAGCAGCUUCCCAUGGACGUCAAGGAAACCUAUGGGGAGAAGUAUUUGGAGAAUUAUAUAAAAGCUCAACGCUUUGCCAUGAGUCUCCUGUGUAGUAAAGACAUCUCCAAAGUGACACACUGCAUGCAGCACGCCCUGACGGCGCGACACCCCCGGAGCCGUUACGCCGCAGGCUGGGAUGCCAGACUUAUCUGGCUCCCCAUAUCCUACCUCCCCUCUUUCAUGGCUGACUUUAUCGUUUGUGCUUUGUUUCCCGUACCCAAAGAGGACGGGACGGCUUGUCUAAACCAGGUGAAUGUUACAAACCCAUAAUCCCGUAUUUGUGCAUAUCUAACUCAGUUACCCUGACAAUCAGCAAUGAUGCGCUCCCUGUCCCUUUCUGCAUAGUAAUGCUGAUUAUGAUGAAUAUUAUUUAUUUGUUUAUUAUCUUUUUCCCAUUAUCCUAUUAUCUGAAAUUAGGGGGUAGUCAACUUUUCCGUGGCAAAAAAGUUUAUUAUAUAUAGAGAGAAAAUGAAUAUGAAAAUGUAUUAUUCUGCUGUGUUGAUUGUCCACAAAGGCACGGAUAUAAAGUUAAUGUUUUAUAUCAUUUGUGCUCUAUCAGAAGGAUUAUGUCAGGUCAAGGUCAAUUUUAAGUCUGUAAAACAGGUGCAAGAAUGAUCAAAUUUAAAUAAAUGUUUAUGGCCUAACUAUGCAUAGACUUAGCAUGUUUGUCCUUGCUGUUGAUAAAUAAAAGCCUUAUCAGUG